UUAACCAAAGUUGUUUUAGACUAGAUGUUGGGUUAUCUUCUCCCUUUCACAAUUUCUCAUAGAAAGGAGAGAACUAAAAAAAUGAAUAAUCCAACUUCUUCUCUUGUUUUUUUAUUUUUCUUGUUAAUCUUUACUUGUCUAUGUGAAAUAACCGCAAAAGCGGAUGAAGCUGAUGCUAAGAUUUACAUUGUCUACUUGGGACACAAGCCACACGAUGACCAUGAACUUAUCACCUAUUCACAUCAUGACAUUUUAGGUCAAGUGGUUGGGAGUAAGGAAGAAGCCAAAAAACGGAUGAUAUAUAGCUAUAGACAUGGCUUUUCUGGGUUUGCUGCUAAGCUCACUAAUUCUCAAGCCAAACAAAUUGGAGAAUUACCUGAAGUGGUCCGAAUUAUACAAAACUCUCGUUACAAGACUCAUACGUCAAGGAGUUGGGAUUUUUUGGGUCUUUCUAAAAAUGAUCCCAACAAUCUUCUCAACAAAACAAAUCAGGGUGAUGGAGUAAUAAUUGGCAUUUUAGAUUCAGGUAUAUGGGGAGACUCGGAAGCUUUUAAUGAUAAAGGGCUAGGUCCAAUUCCAUCUCGAUGGAAGGGUAAUUGCAAAUCUGAAGGAAAAUUCAAUGCCACAAAACAUUGUAACAAAAAAAUUAUUGGUGCACGUUGGUACAUAAAAGGGAUGAUGGAAGAAAAGGAACUAAACCAGACAAUGGUCGAAGAAUUAUAUGAUUUAUCACCAUUAGAUGACCACGGGCAUGGUACACAUGUUGCCUAUACAGCUGCUGGUUCUUAUGUUAACGAUGUUCAAUAUUAUGGUCUUAACAUGGGGACAGCACGAGGAGGAGCACCACUUGCGCGAUUGGCUAUUUAUAAGGUCUGUUGGACAGAUAAGGAAACUCAAUAUUGUGGUAGUGCUGAUGCUCUUGCUGGUAUUGAUGAUGCUAUAAAAGAUGGGGUUGACAUAUUGUCAGCAUCUAUUGGUGAUGAUUGUGUCUUGUCUGAAGUCGAUUUUUUUGAAAGUCUUUUGGGGAUAGGAUCUUUUCAUGCAGUAUCCCAUGGCAUAUCUUUUAUUGCUGCUGGAGGAAAUAGUGGACCUGAAUCAAGCACAAUCAGCAAUACUUCUCCAUGGAUGAUAAAUGUUGCGGCUAGCAAUGACGAUAGAGAAAUUGUUACUCCUUUAACACUUGGCAACAACAAGACUAUACUAGCCGCUCAAGGAAUUUUUAAAGGGAAGGAACAAGCCUUUGCUCCUUUGGUCAUUUUUGAAAAGAUAACAAAUUAUAAUGAAGUCAAAUCUAUUGCCAAUGAAGUGAAAGGAAAAGUUCUAAUGCUUUUCUUUCAAAACCAAAUUGAUAUAAUUUUUUCUUUGCUGACUCUAAAAACUACUGGGGUUUUGGCUCUGAUUGUUUCUACUCCCCCUCUUAACGAAAACAUUGACUAUAAUCAAACUCAUGGUGUCCCUAUACCCUUUUUUUCCGUUGAUGUGGAGCAAGGAAACCAAAUAUUUGAUUAUUUUCAACAAUGUAAAUCGAAUAAGCAAGAUCCUAUGAUUAAAUUGGGUCAAUCUGAAGUUUUUGAGGGGAAGAAGAUAUUUCUAAAAGUGCCUAAGUUCUCAUCAAGAGGCCCGAAUUCCUUUACCCCAAAAUUUUUGAAGCCGGAUGUUGCAGCUCCUGGUGUAAGUGUACUUGCAGCAGUUCCUCCUCAUAAAGGAGACAAUGGAUUCCAACUCAUGUCAGGAACAUCCAUGGCAGCUCCUCACGUCUCAGGAAUUGUUGCACUCCUUAAAGCUGCACAUCCUAAUUGGUCUCCUGCAGCGAUCAAAUCCGCACUUGUAACUACAGCAUGGAACGAGGACACAUAUAGAUCUGAAAUCUAUUCGGAAGGGGCAGGAGAUAAACUUGCUGAUCCAUUUGACUUUGGAGGAGGCAUUUGUAAUCCAAAUGGAGCAACGGAUCCUGGCUUAGUUUAUGAUAUGGAGAAAAAUGAUUAUUUGAAUUAUCUUUGCAGUUUGGGUUAUACUAAUGAUAAGGUUCACAAUGCAACUACAUUACUUUCCGAUUCAAAAAAUUCUACUGCAGCAGGCAUUAUAUGUCCCAAUGAAGUAUCUUCUAGGUUGGAUUUGAAUCUCCCUUCAAUAUCUAUUCCAAAUCUUAAGAAUUCAGUUAUUGUCAGAAGAACUGUUACUAAUGUUGGAAAUGUCAACUCUGUAUACAAGCUAGUGGUUAAACCUCCUAGAAAUACUGCAAUUAAAGUAAGUCCACAUGUCUUGAAGUUCAAUUCCAAGACAAAGAAAAUUUCCUUUGAGGUCAAAAUCACAUCUAAUCACGAAGGAAGGAGUAAAUUUAACUUUGGAAGUUUGUCGUGGAUUGACGGCAAGCAUUUUGUUAGAAUUCCUAUUGCUGUGAGAAAAUAAUAUAGGUCUGGUGGUACCAAACUUAGCUUCAGAAGUGUGGCAUGGAGUGAUGACAUUCAUUUUUGGUUAGAAGAAAAACACUUGUUUGCUACGUAUGAGCAUAUCUUUUUAGAGGAAAACGAGGAAGAGAGUGAAUAUCUAAUAACUCAAAAGAUGCAUCAUGAGUUUGUUACUCAGACCCUCUCCCCAGUAAUUCUUUUCUUCGUGUUAUUUUCUUUUCUGAUGUAAUUAAAUAAUGUGAUGAAGAAUUAAAGAAAAUUUACAUCAAUAUUGAAGAUAUUUUUGUUUA